AUAUAUAAAUAAUCAUCUCACAACCUCUGCAAAACUACCCCUCAUUGUAGCCAGUUAUGAGUAACCUACCGUUCCUAAAGAAACUACUAGUUCUUUAGACCACUUUCUUUUCCUUCUUCAACUCCCAUUGAUUUUUCUCUCGUUUCCAAGCUUCAACACCAUGGAUAAUAUUGCGCAUUUCUUGUUCGGCAUAUUCGGGAAUGCUUCUGGUUUGUUCCUCUUCUUGGCCCCAAUAGUAACAUUCAAGAGGGUCAUUGCCAACAAAUCCACAGAGAAGUUCUCUGGCGUUCCUUACCCUAUGACUCUUCUCAACUGUCUCCUUUCUGCUUGGUAUGGUUUACCCUUUGUGUCCCCACACAACAUUCUAGUGUCAAUAAUCAAUGGCGCAGGAGCUGCAAUUGAGAUCGUAUACGUUUUCAUCUUCGUGUUGUUUGCACCGAAGAAAGAGAAGGCAAAGAUUCUUGGGCUUUUCUCGUUCGUGGUGGCAGUGUUCUCUGGUGUUGUUCUGGUGUCUCUGUUGGCUCUGCAUGGAAACACCAGAAAACUCUUCUGUGGCUUCGCUGCUGCAAUAUUUUCCAUCAUCAUGUAUGGGUCACCUCUCUCCAUCAUGCGGCUAGUGAUCAGAAGCAAGAGCGUGGAGUUUAUGCCCUUCUUUCUGUCACUGUUUGUGUUCCUCUGUGGCACUUCCUGGUUCAUCUACGGCCUACUUGGUCGUGACCCAUUCGUGGCUGUACCUAAUGGCGUGGGUUCAGUCUUGGGAGCGACGCAGCUAAUACUCUAUUUUAUAUACCGUGACAGUAAAACUGAUCCGAAGAAGGCAACGGCAACGGCAACAGAAGAAGAAGGAUCCGUGGAAAUGCCGAACCAUACCAACUCCAAUGGAACAACUACGCAAGAGGAACGCGUCUAGAGGGACACCUUCCGGCGAUAAAACCACCGCCUCUUUGAUUUCGACAGUGCUUUAUACUUUUACUGUUGUGUCUGUGUUUUCUCAGUGAUUUGGAUCUUCUUACAGCUUUCGUUUUGAUAAUGGUUUUUUAGGUUAGGCAUUGUGCUUGUGUUUUUUUUUUGUUUGUUUUCUUCGUUUUCUUUCUUUCUCUCCCAUGGCGGAAACACUUUUGUGAUUGGAUGAAGUUUGAAAGAAGAAUGGAAAAUGUGAAUAUGUUUGUUGGUAA